CCUAGGUGUUCUGAGCAAAUGUAGAUAACUCAGGUUUUGUGAGCAAAGGCACAUCAUAACUCAAGUUUUGUGAGCAAAGGGUGUGCACAGUAGCCAUGGCUAAAGCUCUCCUCAUUUCACCUUCUUACUUCAUCUUCCUCGUCUUCCUCAUUUUCUCCUAUGCCACAAUCCCAGUUUUCGGAGAAGAAUACAGUUAUGUCAAAACUAUCGAUCUUGAGAAAAUGAAUCUGCCGAAGGAAAAGGUAACACACUUUCAACUUUAUUGGCAAGAUGUUGUUAGUGGGUCUAAUGCAACCUCAGUUACAGUGAUUGAAGCACUGAAUAACUCAACAUUUUUUGGUUCGGUAAAUAUAAUUGAUAACUCGUUGACCGUUGGGCCAAAUUUGAGCUCAAAAACAGUUGGAAAAUCCCAAGGGUUAUACGCAUCUACAGGACUAGAAGAAUCUUCAUUAUUGAUGGUUAUGAAUUUUGCAUUCACCGAUGGCAAGUAUAACGGUAGCACAUUUACCGUGGUAGGACGAAACAAUGUAAAUGCUGAAGUGAGGGAGAUGCCAAUAAUUGGUGGUAGUGGGCUUUUCCGAUUUGCUAGAGGCUAUGUUUUAGCAUCGACUUACUCAUUCAGCGACAAUGGAGAUGGCACUAUUGAAUACAAUUGCUAUGUCAUACAUCAUUGAUAUUUUUUCUUUUUUUAGUUUUUCUGUGGAGCUUUGGUCCAUAAUAGUGAUAUACUUGAAUAAUCGUGUGUUCCCACCAUUACUAUGUGGGAUUAUCUAGUUUUGUUUAAUUUGAAUAAAUUAGGUGGCUCUUACUUCAUUUGAUUUAAUGUAAGCAUACUGCGAUAAAAUAAAAUAAAAUAUUUGUUUGUAUGAAUUAA